AGCAAUGGCGGGCGUUUCCACCUUCGCGGCCACUUGGGCUGCGCUGUGGGCGUGCGCCGUGGCGGCCCCUGCGCUUCGCUCCCCGCAGCUGUUUGCCUCGCUGACGCCGGGCAAGACGGGUGCCAACAGCCUCGUGCCCCGCAGGGCCAUGGGCCUGUGGCAGCUGUUGACUCGCGUGGACGAAGACCUCAGUCGACCCAAUGACUUCAUGGCGGUCAUGCUUGAGUCCGGGGAGGAGGAGGACCAGCUGUCGAGGCUCCUGCACGAGGCCCAGGAGGAGCACCUUCAGGAGACCGACGAGGAAGGACUCGUAGACCCAGAGGAGGUGCAGCUCGUGACAAAGUUGGCUGCGAUUCGUGCGAAGGAAAGGGAGCCAAAACAAAGGGAAGAAAGCGUAAGCAAUCAAGAAGAUAUCCUGAGCCGCCGGAAGAGGAUGGGAGGGAAGAGGAGCAGAGAACGUGGCCACAGCAAGGAGCGGAAGAGGUGCAAAGGGCGGAGCAGAGAGAGUGGGCGGAGCAGAGUGAGGGGGCGGAGCAGAGAGAGUGGGCGGAGCAGAGAGAGGGGGCGGAGCAGAGAGAGGGGGCGGAGCAGGGAGCGAUGCGAGGAGGAAGGAACUACGACCACCACUACUUCUACUUCGACGACGACCACGACGACGACCACCACUACCACAGCCACGCCUAGCAGUACUACUUCGCCUACCACCCCUACAACGACCGCCCCUGCUAGUACAACCUCCCCAACGACUCCUACUAGCACGACCUCCCCGACGACUCCUACUAGCACGACCACCCCUGCUAGUACGACCUCCCCAACGACUCCAACUAGUACGACCUCCCCAACUACUCCUACUAGUACGACCACACCUGCUAGUACGACCUCCCCAACUACUACUAGUACGACCACCCCUGCUAGUACGACCUCCCCAACGACUCCUACUAGUACGACCGCCCCUUCCGUGUCUCCUUAAUAUAAGCUUGGCACAUCAGACUGAAAAUAAAAGGAAUAAUGACGGAAUAAAGGAGAAGGAGAUAAGAUUUAUGAUAACUCUUGUAAUCAAGUGCUCGAUAUUAAUCAGAAAAAACAACUCAAUUUGCA